AAUACGGAACGAUAUUUGAAAGUAUCCGCGAGCGAAUACGCGUAUCUUGUAGUUAGACGAUAAGUCGUUAUCUACAUCGGUAUUAUUCGAAUUAAGGAAGAAGAACGGUAAAACGAAAUUUGAAAAUGAUCGUUCGAAACGCAACAAUUCUGACAAGUUCGUUUUACUUUUCACGUCGCGUGAAAAGAAAAUAUUUGUUGACGACACAUGCGUAGACUAGUAGAAUAGUUGGAUCGUGUAAUUGUUAUCGAUCGAACGAACAAUUAAAUUAAUGUACGGAAAGGGAACGGGAAAGGGAACGGGAACGGGAACGGGAACGGGAACAAGAACGGAAACGAGAACGAAUACGAGGACAAAAAGAAUGACGGGCAAAUAUCGUAUUACUAAUAAUAGAAUACGGUGCGUUGAAUAUAGUUGGAUAGUAAGAGCGAAUCGCGAGAAUCAAAGGGAGAUAAAUAUACUCGAAUAGAAAUAGAAUCAUGAAUUUCUCGUUCAAUUGGCUGUACGUAUACGACUUGGCUAGGUAAGAGCUAUUUAUAUACGUUUAUUAGAUUUAACGUUAAACGCGACAAAAGCGUUGGAAAACUGAUCAUAGAAACGUUUCGUUCGUGCGUUGCAUCUGCGCCGAUUUAAAGACUAACGAUCUUCAAUCUUUUUUAUAGAGUACAGUAGUAAGGUAUAUGUAUGCACACGUACGUUUUAGUUGGAUAAUUAAGAAAAUAAUUGUAAAAUGGGCAAAAGAACAUAAAGAGAGAAUAGUUUUCUAUACGAUCGUUAAUGGUUAGUUCGUUACGAUUUCAAGAUGACUCGAAGCAGAUGAUAUAAGAGGCCGUCGAUCGUUCUUGUCCCGCGUCAUUCAGUCGGAAUCACCGAAAGAAGCGAAACGAAGUGUCCCCCGUUGUUCGUGUUUCAGCUACUACUUAGAAGAAAGCCGAGUUUCGAAAUGGUGAGAAAAUAGUUAAUACUAAUUCUCUUUGAUCGAAGUUGAACAGAGUGACGCGAUAAUAAAUUUGAACGAUUACGAGUGCAACGUUUCGUUUCGUUCGCGAUCGGAUAUUAAAUUAAACAGAGGAGGCUGGGGGCAAGGGAGGGGAAUAGAUGUAUACGUACACAUUGUUUCAGCGCGAGUGCAUAUCCAUCCAUGUUGGUCAGGCGGGUGUUCAAAUCGGUAACGCUUGUUGGGAAUUGUAUUGUUUGGAGCAUGGGAUACAGCCGGAUGGUCGAAUGCCAACGGAAAAGGGAUACGGCGCAGGAGGCGACGAUAGCUUUAGCACGUUCUUUUGCGAAACUAGUUCCGGAAAGCACGUGCCUAGAGCAGUGUUCGUCGACCUGGAACCAACGGUCGUCGACGAAGUACGAAACGGAAAGUAUCGAGGACUUUUUCAUCCGGAACAACUGAUCACCGGCAAAGAAGAUGCAGCGAAUAAUUACGCUCGCGGUCACUACACGGUUGGCAGAGAAAUAGUGGACACGGUGAUCGACAGGAUUCGAAAACUGGCCGAUCAAUGCACCGGAUUGCAAGGAUUUUUGAUUUUCCACUCGUUCGGCGGUGGUACGGGAUCGGGUUUCGCAUCGUUGUUGAUGGAACGCCUUUCCGUCGAUUACGGGAAAAAAUCUAAAUUGGAAUUCGCUAUCUAUCCAGCGCCGCGUAUCUCCACGGCAGUGGUCGAACCGUAUAAUUCCAUUUUAACCACUCACACCACUCUCGAGCAUUCCGAUUGCGCGUUCAUGGUCGACAACGAAGCGAUUUACGAUAUUUGUCGACGCAACUUAGACAUCGAACGGCCAACUUACACCAAUCUUAAUCGACUGAUCGGACAGAUCGUUUCAUCCAUAACGGCCUCGUUGAGGUUCGACGGUGCUUUGAACGUCGAUUUAACCGAGUUUCAGACCAAUUUGGUUCCUUACCCGAGGAUCCAUUUUCCUUUGGUCACUUACGCGCCGAUAAUAUCGGUGGAAAAGGCUUACCACGAACAGCUAUCGGUUAGCGAAAUCACGAACGCGUGUUUCGAACCUGCCAAUCAGAUGGUGAAAUGUGACCCUAGGAACGGCAAGUACAUGGCGUGUUGUCUGCUUUACAGAGGCGACGUUGUUCCGAAGGACGUGAAUGCCGCGAUCGCUGCUAUUAAAACGAAACGAACGAUACAGUUCGUGGAUUGGUGUCCGACGGGAUUCAAAGUCGGUAUUAAUUAUCAGCCACCCACGGUCGUGCCUGGUGGCGAUUUGGCUAAAGUACAACGAGCCGUUUGCAUGUUGUCGAACACGACGGCCAUCGCCGAAGCUUGGGCCCGUCUUGACCACAAGUUUGAUCUGAUGUACGCGAAAAGAGCUUUCGUCCAUUGGUACGUCGGCGAGGGUAUGGAAGAGGGCGAGUUCUCCGAAGCCCGUGAGGAUCUCGCGGCUCUCGAGAAAGACUACGAAGAAGUCGGAUUAGAUUCGAACGAGGUAGAAGCGGACGCUACCGACGAAUACUGACUCUACUAUUUAUCCUGCUACUCUUCCCCUUUACACUUCCAGUUGCUUCAACGUUGCUCUAAUAUACGUAUAAUCUCGGAUCUAGAUUAGACGGAGAGAACGUAACGAGAUAACGUAACGCUGGCAACGACGGAAAGAAAAUGGAAAAGGAAACGACAAAAUGCGUACACGAAUAACGUUUUCGUUCGUUUCUCGUAAAUCGUAGACGUAAUUCUUUCGUUUUAUUGCAUUACACAAACGGGGCUGGGGAGGCAAAAUUAAAUAGCGGAUUAAAUAGUUUAGCGCGACGCUUUAACAAAUUAAAAACGUAAAAACAUUAACGGUACAAUAUAGUUUCUUAUCGUAGACGUAAUGCGAUGGCAGUCUUGAGAGUCCUGGAAAGAUGCUGCGCGUGAUUGUUGCAUGAUUAUUUCGGUUCUCAAUUUCCUAUGUACUAUUUUCUAUCUUCUAUUAUCAUUCGUCUCCGCGGUAUAUGAAUUUUUUAAUGUCGCAUUGCGCGAAAUCCUCGACUCCUCUUCUGCUCGCGUUUUCAAUCUUUUCUUUUAUUCGGUGAACGUUCUUCUUUUAUUUGCGACGAGCUUUCGCACGUGGCAGUGUC